CUUUUAUGUUCCGGUAUUUAGUUUUAAAUUCUUUUAAAGGAGUAAAAGUACUACGUUUGUAGAUUUAUUACUUUUUUGUGCCUUUUGGACUAACUGCCAAUAAUUUAAAGAAAUAUGAAUUAGUUUCAUUGUAACAAGAAUAAUUAGGUACUAUAUUUUUGGAAUGCGAGAAGCAUGCUACAGGGAAGAUUUGUGAGGGAUUUGUGUAUGUAAGGGAUGAAAUAUAAAAUCAAUAACAAGCAGUGUUUGACAAAUAAUAUGUUUCAAUAUUACUGUUAAAUAAAAUGUGUUAUUGAAAUAAAUAAGUGGAUUAUUUAUACAUUCAGUUAUAAUCUCUUUUAUGAUCAUUUUACUCAAUUCUACUUUUGGAGUGUAUUAAAUUUGAAGAAUGACUGAUAACGAGGGAGUUCCAGAUCUAGUGGACAUUGUAGAUGCUGAAGAUGAGGACUCAGAUGGUUGGAAUGAAAUGGAAGUGUCAGGGGAACAAACAACUUGUCUGUUUUGUCCCUCUCAGUUUCACACAAUAGCAGUGGCUUUGGAUCAUUGUCGAACUGAGCAUAAUUUUGAUUUACUUGAACUUAAAAAUAAGUUUAGUAUGGAUUGUUAUUCAUAUAUAAAGAUGAUAAAUUACAUUCGAAUGCAUAAGCCAUCUCCCCAGAUACUUAUAGGAUCUGAUAUGGCACUUUGGGAUGAUGAUGUUUAUUUAAAACCAGGUGAAAUGGAGUCAUGGUUGAUGUAUGAUUUUGACGAUUUGGGUAGCACCCCAUCAACACCACACUAUGCUAUUGAUGGAAAAACUCCAAUAGCAAAUAAUUUUUCUGACCUUCAAAAGCAAAUAUAUGAACUAACAUUACAGCUUAGACAUAAAGAUAUGCUUUUAAAAAAUGCUAUGCAAGAUAUGGCAAAAAUGAGAGAAGUGACUAAAACAAUAGUAGAGGGUGGGGAUUGCGAAAAAAAUUUUAUUCCAGUGGAUGUGGCUUCUGUGCCUCUUAGUUGUGAUAACACUUACUUUAGCUCUUAUUCACAUUAUGGUAUUCAUUAUGAAAUGCUCAGUGAUAAGGUACGGACUGAAAGCUAUAGAGAUGCAAUAUUAAAUAACAAACAUCUUUUCGAGAAAAAAAAUGUUUUAGAUGUAGGAUGUGGAACAGCAAUUUUGUCCAUGUUUGCAAAUAAGGCUGGAGCACAAGAAAUAAUAGGAAUUGAUCAAUCUGACAUUAUAUAUAAAGCAAUGGAUAUUAUAAGAGAAAAUAAAUUGCAUGAAAACAUCAAAUUGAUAAGAGGCCGAUUAGAAGACACAAAAUUACCAAUUGAGAAGUUUGAUAUAAUAAUAUCAGAAUGGAUGGGCUACUUUUUGUUGUUUGAAGGAAUGCUUGACAGUUUUAUUUAUGCAAGAAAUCGUUAUUUAAAGGAAGGUGGCAUUAUUUUGCCAAAUAGAUGUAGUAUCAGUUUAGUUGGUUGUUCUGAUAAAGAAAGACAACAAUCUUUAAUUGAUUUUUGGGAUAAUGUCUACGGUUUCAACAUGAAAUGUAUGAAAUCGGACGUGGUGCGAGAAGCGCACGUUGAAACCGUGCCUCACGAUAAAAUCAUCACCUCUUCUGUUAUAAUAAACGAAAUAGAUUUGAAUACAUGCAACACCUCAACCGUUGAUUUUACUUCCGAUUUCGAACUGAAAGUGAACAAGAGUGGUCCUUUGACCGCCUUCGUUGGCUAUUUUGACACUUUUUUCGACCUGGAUAAUUCGGUUUUUUUCACAACAGGACCUCAUGGUGCCAGGACACACUGGCAACAAACUGUUUUUUUCCUUAAGGAACCGAUUGAAGUUACUGAAGGGGAAGUGCUUAAGGGACAGGUCAGGUGCAGAAGGAUGGUAAAAAAUGUAAGAGGUUUAACGGUAUCGAUAUCAGUUGGGAAGCAAAAUUUUGAAUACGUUCUCGACUAGUUUUGUAGUUGUAGCAAUAAUUUGUUUAUUACCAAACUGAAAAAAAAUAUAAAAUGUACAAAACAAUAAUAAUAAAUCUUAUACGU